AAAAGUAAAGAACCUCUUCUUCGCCUCCUUCGCUACAUACUCCUAAUAGAGUAGACUAUAUUAGGCCUAGGGUAAUCUUUGGUUCAAUUAUUAUUCAUUCAAUCCCUCUCCGCUGUCCUUCCCCGCCACCGCCCCGAAUCCCGAAAGGGUCGCCUCUUGGAUUGAUUGUAUGUAAUACCAUCUCAAGAAUUUUACUCUGCUCUUUCCCCACAGCACGCCGACCAUGUCACGAAUUUGUGUGAAAAACUUGCCAAAGUAUGUAGCGGAGGAUCGCCUCAGAGAAUUCUUCUCCAAAAAGGGCGAAGUUACGGAUGCUAAACUUAUGCGCACCAAGGACGGGAAGAGCAGGCAAUUUGGCUUCGUGGGAUUUAGGACGGAACAUGAAGCUGAUGAAGCCAUAAAGUACUUCAACAACUCUUUUAUGGACACUUCCAAAAUUACUUGUGAGGUUGCUCGAAAGUUUGGAGAUCCUGCACUUCCACGCCCUUGGAGUCGACACUCAAUGAAAAAAGAGAAUUCUUCUGCAGAGGUGAAAAGUUUAGCCAGGUCUAAUGCUUCUAAAGCUGCACUUGUGGUAGAGAAGAUUGAGAGGAGUAAGAUGGAUGAUGGCAAUCAUGACCCUCAGCUUCAAGAGUUUCUUGAGGUUAUGCAGCAUCGUAACAGAUCAAAAUUGUGGGCAAAUGACACCUCUAUAGCUCCUUCAUUAGAUCAAAGCCAUUUAGCAAACGAUGAUCAAAUCCAAAUAGCGAAAGGCCAUGGUAGUGUAUUGGUUGGGGAGGAUGCUGAUUUCCAGGAAAUCAAGGAAGAAGGAAGUGUUCUAUCUGAGGAGCAAGAAGCAGAUAAUUCUAAUGCUUUGGUUAAUGACGAAGCUGCAUCUGACAUGGACUACUUUAGGAGUCGGAUCAAAACAAAUUGGUCCGAUGCAGAGAAUAGUGAUGAUGAGGGAAACACUGCUGGGAUUGACAACAGUCACGAUGAUGAUAUUGAUGACAGCAUUGAGCCUGAGAGCAAUACUAAUCAUUGUCCUGGUGAGGAUAUACUUGGACUUGACACAUCCAGAGGGCAGGCUGACCAUGGCCCAUCUAUAGCCUCUGGAAAAAGUGACACAGCUAAAGAUGAGAAUGAUGAGGCCCAAGAACUUGGUCGUCUCUUCAUUCGUAACCUUCCCUACACUGCGACUGAGGAGGAGCUUGAAGACUACUUUAGCAAAUAUGGGGCAAUCUCUCAUGUUCACAUUGUAAUUGAUAAGGAUACUAAACGCUCCAAGGGAAUUGCUUAUAUUCUCUUUACUCUCCCAGAAUCUGCUUCCAGGGCAAUAAAGGAGAUGGACUGCUCAAUAUUUCAGGGAAGAUUAUUACAUGUCAUGCCUGCGAAGCCGAAAAAACAGUCUAUUGUCAAAGAGACCAAUGAUGCUUUUAGAUUAUCUUCAAAAACAUUUAAGCAACAGAAAGAAGCAGAAAGGAAGGCAUCAGAGGCAACUGGAAAUUCUCGGGCUUGGAAUAGUUUAUUUAUGCGCCCAGAUACUGUUGUGGAAAACAUUGCACGUAAAUUUGGCGUCAGUAAAAGUGAACUGUUAGAUAGAGAAUCUGAUGAUCUUGCUGUGAGAAUUGCCUUGGGGGAGACUCAAGUGCUUGCUGAAACAAAAAAUGCUCUAUCAAGUGCUGGGGUUAAUGUUUCCUUAUUUGAGGAACUUGCUGCUGGUAAAACUGAUGGUCUGAAGAGAAGCAGCCAUAUCAUAUUAGUGAAGAAUUUACCAUAUGGUUCAUCUGAAAGUGACUUAUCGAAUAUGUUCGGAAAAUUUGGCAGCUUGGAAAAGAUCAUUUUACCCCCUACCAAAACCUUGGCUGUGGUUAUCUUCCUUGAACCUGCUGAAGCCCGUGCAGCAUUCAGAGGUUUAGCCUACAAGCGUUAUAAGGAUGCACCACUGUAUUUGGAAUGGGCUCCUGAUAAUAUUAUCUGUGAAAGUUCACCUGUUGGGGAUAACACAGUGAUGGGUGAACUUGAUAUCAAGAGAGCUUUGCUAGAGCAACAAAGGGAGGAACUAACAGAUGCAGAUGUUGACCCUGAUAGAAUUGAGUCACGGUCUUUAUAUGUCAAGAAUCUCAACUUCAAAACAUCCGAAGAGAGUAUUCAGAAGCAUUUUGCUGGGCACCUGAAGGGAAGGAAGAUACUAAGCGUCAGGGUGAAGAAGCAUCUAAAGAAUGGGAAAAAUGUGUCGAUGGGAUUUGGCUUUAUAGAGUUUGAUUCUGUAGAUACUGCAAUAAGUGUUUGCAGGGACCUGCAGGGAACUGUUUUGGAUGGGCAUGCCCUUGUUCUGCAACUUUGUCGUGCAAAGAAGGAUGGAUCAUUACCUAAGAGAAUUGAAAAUGACAGGAGUUCAAUAAAAUUGAUUGUAAGAAAUGUAGCUUUUGAGGCAACAGAAAAGGAUCUAAGACAGUUGUUUAGUCCAUUUGGUCAGAUAAAAAGUAUAAGGUUGCCAAUGAGGUUUGGGAGCCAUAGAGGAUUUGCAUUCGUAGAGUAUGCUACAAAGCAAGAAGCUCAGAAUGCACUGGAAGCCUUAUCAAGCACUCAUCUCUAUGGGCGUCACCUGGUCCUGGAGAGGGCCAAGGAAGGCGAAAGCCUGGAGGAGUUGCGUGCGAGGACGGCUGCCCAGUUCGCAGCAGACUAUUCCUCUGCCAAGCUGUCAAAAAAGAGGAAGCACCUGAUGGUGUUGGAUGAGGGAAAUGUCAAAUUUCAAAGAAUUGCUGAUUAGAGAGAAUAGCACAACACAAACACACACACAGAGAGACAAUGGGCAAUUAGCUUGGCCUGCAACAGUUUUCUAAUUUUAUGUUUUUUUAUUUUUUGUUUCAUCGGAGUUUUGUAAUUAUUUUUGAUCAAAUGUAUGAAUGAAUGCCGCCAGCGCUUGCUAGGUUUUACAUUUGUUGUUGUUUUUU